AUGGCAAACCCUUCUUCAUCACACCAUGAGCGUGACCGCGAACGUGAACUUCUUGCAGUUCUCGCAGUCAUGCUUUCGCUACCCGCAUCCAGUGGUACAAAGGCAGCAGCAGGAGGAGCAGAAGACCCUGCUGCAUCUGGACUCUGGGGUUAUCUAACUCCCAAACGAUCGCAAGCGCUUGUAGCUCGCGAGAGCUCUGUUGCUGGUCGUGAAGCUGAAGUAGCGCGUCGCGAAGCAGAGCUUCUUGUCGGCGCGCCUGGUGGCGUGCUUCCUGCUCAACAGUCCCCGAUCAUUUGCCCUGUUUGCCCUACCGCCACGGUCGUAGAUUUCGCACCUGCUCAGACUAUCAUUAAAGAAGUCGUAAAGGAAGCAGACCUUGCACCUCCAGGGUGGUGGAAGGAGGCCAAUGCCCGUGCCGAGGAGAUUCUAGAUCGCGAGCUUAGAGUUAGCGAACGAGAACGCGAGAUUACUCGCCGCGAGGAGAGUGUUAACAGGAGAGAGCAUGAUUCUUCCAGACGCGAGGCUUGGAUAAUGGAACAGCUCGUUCUCAUCAACAACGAUGGAGCCUCUCUUGAGGAAGAAGUUUUCUAUGAGCCUGCUGGUGGCAAGCGGAAACUCAAGGAGCUCUCUCCCAUGAUAAUUGCUGAAACUGAAACAAAAACCAUUAUUCAAUAUGAAACUUUACCUGCUUCGACUGUCACAGUUCCCCCACCUGCCAACACCCGGUUUGCUGCAUUCCCUACGCCUGAAGUCUUUUCAUCGUUCUACACCACUCAAAUUCCCAGAACCACGGCCAUCACUGUUGAAGAAGAUAUCAUUCGUGAGCCCCUGCAGGUUGAGGAGAUGGAUGAAUACGAGGUGGAAGAGUUCGAGGAUGAUGAUGUGAGAGCAGUCACACUUCGCCGCGGUGCCCGGCCGAAUCGGCGACCGCCACCAAAUUCACGUGGCUGGUUGUGGUAA